AUGUCGGACGCAUACGAGAGAGCUAAGGGAGGGAGGCUAACAUUCAAAGGGGGAGUCUUGGCGACGAGAUCCAAAGACAUCGACAAGAAGAAGAAAAAGAAGAAGAACAAGGAGGACAAAUCCCUAAACGACGACGUCGAAUCUCUCCCGGAGGAUCCCAAUCAGCCGUCGACGGCCGGUUCAGCCGAUAUUUACACAAUCGACGCGGCGAAGAAGAUGAAGUACGACGAAUUGUUCCCCGUUGAAGCUAAGAAGUUCGGGUAUGACCCGAAAGCUAAAUCCAAAACCGUCGAAGAAGCCCUCGACGACCGGGUCAAGAAGAAAGCCGACCGUUAUUGCAAAUAA